AUGACACUAAAGUCAAUUUUGCGGGGAUCUAGCAGCGCAAGAUCCUUAAAGCUGACUGACAAAGAACGGAAUGAAGACAACGUUAGCUUUGGAGAGGACACGUACAUGUCGUAUGUGGUGGACCUUUCGGAAACGUAUCGAGGUGAACUGCACUUUACACACAAUGAAAUCCUGGCAAUCCGCAAGGAGAUGAAAGAAGAAUUCCUUCAACGUGGCUAUUCUCGAGGUUUGGAGAAAUGCGUGGAUGACGCCUGUGGCGAUACUCGAGAGCGUCGAAUGAACCAUGUGAGGAGUAUCCUGUCACUCCAAAGAGAGCACGAUUGCGAUGGAAUCGACGAUAAGAGAGGGAUCCAGAUCUUGUCGAGCACACUGAGCCAGUUUGACAUUAGUGAAGCACAGUUGCGAGCAUCGCGUGAUUCCUUGGAGGCCUUCAAGCUUCACACGCCAAAUGCUGUUUUCAUGAAAGCGCCAACCGCCGAGGAGUACGCCAAGAAAACUCGGCGAAAGCGACUGUGCCGCAAACCUUCUCGACCCGAGUACACGGCUCGACACCUUUGUUUCUAA